AUGGGCUCCGGUUUCAGUGAUGUUGUGAAGCAGGGCUACGUCAGGAUCCGAAGCAGACGACUCGGGAUUUAUCGGCGCUAUUGGUUAGUAUUUAAGAAGCCAUCGAGCAAAGGACCAAAUCGUCUGGAAAAAUUUGCGGAUGAGCGGGCAGCUUACUUCCGCUUCUACCACAAGGUCACAGAGCUCCGUAAUGUGAAGGAGGUUCUUAGGCUUCCCAAAACCACCAAAAAACAUGCGGUGGGGAUCAUUUUCUCAGAUGACACCUCAAAAACAUUUGCCUGUGAAUCCGAACUGGAGGCUGAUGAAUGGUGUAAAGUUCUGCGCAGCGAGUGCCUGGGAACCCGGAUUAACCACAUCAGCCUGGGGGAGCCUGAUCUUUUAGCCAGCGGGGCAGAGCAGGAACACAAUGAAAGAUUCAAUGUGUAUUUGGUGCCAUCCCCUACUUUAGAUGUCCAUGGGGAAUGCACCCUGCAGAUAACCUCUGAGCACAUCAGCCUUUGGGAUAUCCAGAACCCUAGGGCCAGGCUGGUCUCUUGGCCGCUCAGCUCCCUGCGCAGGUACGGGAGGGACCCGGCGUGGUUCACGUUUGAAGCUGGCAGGAUGUGCGACACCGGCGAGGGGCUGUUUAUCUUCCAAACCAAAGAAGGUGAUGCCAUUUAUCACAAGGUCCAUUCUGCCGCUUUGACAAUGGCUGAACAACACGAACGCUUCUUGGAGAGCACAAAGAACACAAUGGUACAUGCGCGACUUCUAUCUGACAUCAUUUAAAGGAUUGCCUGAACCCCCCACAUGCAGAUGGGUCACGAGAUAUCGAAAAGGUGUGCCAGGCGCAUGUUCUCCGACACUGAUACCCCUCAACUAUAUCACAGCAAAGUGGGCAUUAGUUAACCAAAUUGCAAUAAAAAGACUCCAUUUCCCUUUAAUGUUUUAUUGUCUGCUGCUGGCAUCAUUCUGGUGAGGGUCUCCGCUCUGUGAUCUGCUCUGUUUGGGCUUCAGAAGCCAUUUUGUUCGUCUCUUCCUUCUGUUGUAAUUAAAAUCCUAGAAAACACGUGUUUGAAGUA